AUGGAUUUUGAUGAUAGUAUAUAUGCCAAUCAAAGACCCAUCAUGCCCCACAAGAAGGAUGGAGUUGGUGAUCAACAUUCAGUGUGGAAGAGACGUUUCCUAGCUACUGCAGUGUGUCUGGGGCUGCUGUGUGUUCUCCUACUGGCUGGGAUCACAGGCCUGUUACUCUACCAGAGAACCCUAUUGAACAACCUGACUGCAGAGAGAGACCAGUUACAGACCAGUUAUAACACCCUGACCAAAGAGAGAGACCAGCUACAGACCAGCUACAACAACCUGACUAAAGAGAGAGACCAGCUACAGACCUCUAAUGAAUAUGCCACAUGUCCCCAAGACUGGAAGAAGUCUUGCUGCAGUUGUUACUACAUCUCCCCUGAUGAGAAAACGUGGGAAGACAGCAGAAAGGACUGUCAGGCGAGAGAAGCAAACCUGGUGAUCAUCGACAGCAGAGAGGAACAGGCUUUAAUCAAAGCGUUCAAUAGAAGAGCCUGGUUUGGUCUGACUGACAGAGAAGUUGAGGGAACCUGGAGAUGGGUGGAUGGCACACCACUGAACACAAGUUACUGGAACAAAGGGGAGCCAAAUGAUUUGCAAGGAGAAGACUGCGCUUUGGUUGACAACACUCAACAGGACCCAGUAGUGGCUUGGAAUGAUGUGCCAUGUGACCACAAAAAUGGUUGGAUCUGUGAAAGGCAGGGACCAGAGGGCUCACAGGGACCAGAGGGCUCACAGGGACCAGAGGGCUCACAGGGACCAGAGGGCUCACAGGGACCAGAGGGCUCACAGGGACCAGAGGGCUCACAGGGACCAGAGGGCUCACAGGGACCAGAGCGCUCACAGGGACCAGAGGGCUCACUAGGACCAGAGGGCUCACAGGGACCAGAGGGCUCACAGGGACCAGAGGACUCACAGGGACCAUAG